CCGUCUCCGCCGGCCGCCAUUUUGAGUCUCUCUGUCCGCUUCCUGUGGCGGAGCUGCUGUUGGGCUGCGGCGGUGGACGAGCGCCUUUUCGGCUUCGAUUUCUUCGCUUUCCCUACCCCUCCGUCCUCGCCGAAGGUGGUUUAUUGCUGCUUCUCCUCGCCCUUUCCAGCGCCUCGCACGACGAGCCGAGCCGGGCCGGUCCGCGCCGGGGACGGAGAGAGGCGGUGUGCCGCGGUAGAACAGGACGCUGUGCAGGCUGCGGGUUCUGAACAGAAGAUGGCUACCCAGGCUGAUCUGAUGGAGCUUGAUAUGGCCAUGGAGCCAGACCGUAAGGCAGCAGUCAGCCACUGGCAACAGCAGUCCUACUUGGAUUCUGGCAUCCAUUCUGGAGCAACGACCACAGCGCCCUCCCUGAGUGGGAAGGGCAACCCUGAGGACGACGAUGUGGACAACCAGGUCCUGUACGAAUGGGAGACGGGAUUCUCGCAGUCCUUCACUCAGGAUCAGGUGGCAGAUAUAGAUGGACAAUAUGCCAUGACCAGAGCACAGAGAGUGAGGGCUGCGAUGUUUCCAGAAACACUCGAUGAAGGCAUGCAGAUCCCUUCCACGCAGUUCGAUGGCGCUCACCCUACCAACGUGCAGCGCUUGGCAGAACCUUCCCAGAUGCUGAAGCACGCUGUGGUGAACCUGAUCAACUAUCAGGACGACGCUGAGCUGGCCACACGAGCCAUCCCAGAGCUGACCAAGCUUCUGAACGACGAGGACCAGGUGGUUGUGAACAAGGCAGCAGUAAUGGUUCACCAGCUGUCCAAGAAAGAGGCCUCCCGCCACGCCAUCAUGCGCUCGCCCCAGAUGGUGUCGGCCAUCGUCCGCACCAUGCAGAACACGAACGAUGUGGAAACGGCGCGGUGCACUGCUGGCACGCUUCACAACCUCUCUCACCACCGGGAGGGGCUGCUUGCAAUAUUCAAGUCGGGUGGCAUCCCUGCCUUAGUCAAAAUGCUGGGGUCUCCUGUCGACUCAGUACUGUUCUACGCCAUCACAACCCUCCACAACCUGCUUUUGCACCAGGAGGGGGCCAAGAUGGCAGUUCGUCUGGCUGGUGGCCUUCAGAAAAUGGUUGCCUUGCUCAACAAGACAAAUGUCAAAUUCCUUGCAAUCACAACUGAUUGCCUCCAGAUCUUGGCUUAUGGCAACCAGGAAAGCAAGCUCAUCAUCCUAGCCAGCGGAGGUCCACAGGCGCUCGUCAACAUCAUGAGGACCUACACAUACGAGAAGCUGCUUUGGACCACCAGUCGAGUGCUUAAAGUGCUUUCUGUUUGUUCAAGCAAUAAGCCUGCCAUUGUUGAAGCAGGUGGUAUGCAGGCACUGGGGCUCCACCUCACAGACCCAAGUCAGCGUCUUGUUCAGAACUGUCUUUGGACCCUAAGAAAUCUCUCAGAUGCUGCAACAAAGCAGGAGGGGAUGGAAGGCCUCCUUGGCACCCUGGUGCAGCUGCUGGGCUCUGAUGACAUCAACGUGGUGACGUGUGCCGCCGGCAUCCUUUCCAAUCUCACCUGCAACAACUACAAGAACAAGAUGAUGGUGUGCCAGGUGGGGGGGAUCGAGGCCUUGGUGCGCACGGUGCUGCGCGCCGGGGACCGGGAGGACAUCACGGAGCCCGCCAUCUGUGCCCUCCGGCACCUGACGAGCCGACACCAGGACGCCGAGAUGGCUCAGAACGCCGUGCGCCUCCACUACGGCCUGCCGGUGGUGGUGAAGCUGCUGCACCCUCCCUCUCACUGGCCGCUGAUUAAGGCCACGGUGGGGCUGAUCCGCAACUUGGCCCUGUGCCCAGCCAACCAUGCUCCGCUGCGUGAGCAGGGCGCCAUUCCCAGGCUGGUGCAGCUGCUGGUGAGAGCGCACCAAGACACGCAGCGCCGCACCUCCAUGGGCGGAACACAGCAGCAGUUCGUGGAAGGGGUUCGCAUGGAAGAAAUCGUCGAGGGCUGCACUGGAGCUUUGCACAUCCUGGCAAGAGACGUUCACAACCGCAUUGUCAUCCGGGGGCUCAACACCAUUCCACUCUUCGUGCAGUUGCUGUACUCCCCCAUUGAGAACAUCCAGAGGGUGGCCGCGGGCGUGCUCUGCGAGCUGGCCCAGGACAAGGAGGCAGCCGAGGCCAUCGAGGCGGAGGGGGCCACCGCCCCCCUGACCGAGCUGCUCCACUCCAGGAACGAGGGCGUGGCUACGUACGCCGCGGCGGUCUUGUUCCGCAUGUCGGAGGACAAGCCUCAGGACUACAAAAAGCGCCUGUCUGUUGAACUGACGAGCUCUCUGUUCAGGACCGAGCCAAUGACCUGGAAUGAGACUGGAGACCUUGGACUUGACAUUGGAGCCCAGGGAGAGCCUCUUGGCUACCGUCAAGAUGACCCUAGCUACCGUUCGUUCCACUCUGGCGGGUACGGGCAGGAUGCCAUGGGUAUGGACCCAAUGAUGGACCAUGACAUGGGUGGCCAUCACCCUGGCGCUGAGUACCCAGUUGAUGGGCUGCCAGACCUGGGGCAUGCCCAGGACCUGAUUGAGGGCUUGCCCCCAGGUGAUAGCAAUCAGCUGGCCUGGUUUGAUACUGAUCUGUAAAUUACUACUUUAGCUGUAUCGUCUGAAUGAACUUGCAUUGUGAUUUGGCCUGUAGAGUUGCUGAGAGGGCUCGAGGGGUGGGCUAGUAUCUCAGAAAGUGCCUGACACUAACAAAAGCUGAGUUUCCUAUGGGAACAGUCGAAGUAAAACUUUUUUUGUUCUGGUCCUUUUUGGUUGAGGAGUAAACUGCAAAAGGAUUUUUGGAGCUGGUGCCUAAAUGGAGAAUGCACAAGAGUGGAUCUUAAGAUGGAAAUUCAAACCCUAGCCUUGCCUGUCUUUUUUUAUUACUUUUUAUUUUUUUAUUUUUCAGUUUCUGUAAUGGUACUGAUCUAGCUUGCUUUAAACUAGUCUAGUCAUUUUUUGCAGUAAUUUGUAUUCCUUUUAAGUCUUUCUUGUAGUGUUAAGUUAUAGUGGUAAUGCUCCAUAAGUUUCUAAAUUUUAUCAAGUAAUGGUGUAGAACACUAAUCAAUUUAAUUGUAUUCUGAAUAAAGUGUAACAUUGUGUAGCUUUUGUAUAAAACCAGGAAUUGGAAAUGGUCCAAAUACAUUCUUUUAAAUGCUUACAUAAGCAGAGAAACUGUUUCCAGUGUCUAAGGAUUGUUCCAAAGGGGUGCAUUUGGGUGGGGCCAGAAUUUUUGCAAUUGAAGGUAGUUUAAUGAAAACCGUAAGUUGUUGUAGCCUGCUGUGCUUAUUGGAAACAUGGUUAUGAAAUGGCUAAACAAUAAAAUGGACUUUUAUUUCAGUUA